UUUCUUUUUAUUGUUAUUAUUAUUAUGGGGUCUAUGGGGGAGCAGGAUUUCCAGUCCGGCGUUGCUCUUCUUCCUUGUCCAACGUUCCACGGAGAACUAUAAUAUUUCUUCCCCGAGAUGCUGCAGUGAAUUUUAGUUCUAGGAAAUCAGGCGAACAAAAUCAUCCGAAUAACCCGAACCAUUUGUUACACUGUGAGAGCAAACGCAGCCUAGGCACAGAUGAUGGCAAAGAAUUCCUUGGAAGGGUCUAAAGAAGACCUGAGCAAAAUUUCAGAAGAGGAGAUGCUGAGAUGGAGCAAGGAAGAGCUGGUGAAAAGACUGAGGAAAGUGGAGAAUGAAAAGAUGAACUUAAUGGUGGAACACGGCAACUUGAUGAAAGACGUGAACCGGCGGCUGCAGCUCCACCUGCACGAGAUCCGCGGGCUGAAGGAGGUGAACCAGAAGUUGCAGGACGACAACCAGGAGCUGCGGGAGCUCUGCUGCUUCUUGGACGACGACCGGCAAAAAGGCAAGAAGCUGUCAAGGGAAUGGCAGCGCUUCGGGAGGCACACGGCCAGCGUGAUGUGGAAGGAGGUGGGCAUGUACCAGCAGAAGCUGAAGGACCUGGAGGCGAGGCAGGAGACCCUCCUGCGGGAGAACGUGGAGCUGAAGGAGAUGGUGCUGAUGCUGGACGAGGAGCGGAGCGGGGCCGGCUCGCGGAGCUCCAUCGACAGCCAGGCCAGCCUGACCAACCUCAACGGCGGCUCGGCCACCAGGGACGUGGGGGACGGGAGCAGCACCUCCAGCACGGGCAGCGCGGGCAGCCCCGACCACCAUCACCACCACCUGCACCACCACAAGGCCGGCGACAGCAAGGCCGGGGCCAUGCGCAGGUCUAUGGAUGACCUGUCCGCGCCCCUGCACCACCGGAGCAUCCCGAACGGCCUCAAUGAUUCAUCUUCCAACUACAUCAGGCAACUUGAAACAAAAGUGAAACUCCUGGAGGAUGACAACAAGCUUCUUUCCCAGCAGUCCAGCACGGGGGACCUGAGGACUCUGAGGAAAGGAUUGUCCCCUUACCACUCUGAGUCACAGCUCUCAUCACUGCCACAGUACCAAGACUCCCUGCAAAAUGGCCCAGCUCGCAUGACAUCUGAUCUUGCAUCUUCUCCUGCAGCAGGGUAUGUCCCUGUGGGCCAGAAGCCAGAGGCUGUGGUGCAUGCUAUGAAGGUCCUUGAGGUCCAUGAAAAUUUGGACAGGCAAAUGCAAGACAACUACGAAGAAGACCUAAGUGAAAAGGAGAAGGCGAUCGUUCGUGAAAUGUGCAAUGUUGUCUGGCGAAAGCUAGGUGAUGCUGCGAGCUCCAAACCCUCCAUCAGGCAACAUCUGUCAGGAAACCAGUUCAAGGGUCCCUUGUAGGAAUACUGUCCUGGCAACUGGAAGUGAUGGAUUCUGUGAAGACUAAGGAGGCAGAGCUCAGUGUUUCUGGCUGCCUGUUCUUUGGGAGUUGGGGUUGAGUUUUUUCAGGGUUUCCUUUUUCCUUUUUUUUUUC